AUGGGCAAGCCCCUUAGCCGUCCCGGGUGUUUCAGGAAGAGCUCCUGCUGCCUGGAAAAGCAUGGAGCUGGGGAUGGGGGAAUGGGGGUGCGAGCUGGUGGGAUGGAUGUGGGAUAUGGAGAUGGCUACAUUCCCCAAAGGAGCAUCUAUGAUACUAUGUGCAUCAAUCAGCAAAUUGACAGCCACCACCACCCUGGAGGGUCCAUUAGACGAGACUGUGAAGGGAGUUUUAGCUACUCUGCGAGUGGCUCCCUGAGGGUUGGCAGGUCUCCAGUUGACAUGUUCGACCCCCAGCCUCGCUCUUUGACUCCUAACCCCUCAUUUGUGCGCCGGCUGGAUGAAAGAGCCAUCUAUGAUUCGUUGAAACUCGGGGGUCAGGAUGCUGAUGGUGGUGGUUGCCAUUCUCCAGGACAUUACAACCGCUCAGUAUCUCCAUCUGUAUCCUCUUUCUCAGCGCCAGGAGUGUCCUCCUCCUCAUCCAAGAAACACCAUCACCACCACCAUCACCAUGGAGACAGCACCAAGAACAGAGAUGUACGACAAUCGUGGAAAGUCAUAACACCCCCGAAACACCUGGAGUGUCUGGAGCUCACGACAACUGAGAUGAUGGACAGAGGAGGCGGGUAUCUAAAUCCAGGGCACUACCCUCCCCCUGGGGGCCAGUCCUCCUCUCUUACCUCCCCACUCAUCUCUCCCUUCUCUGGCUCACCUCUCUCUUCAGGCUACCACACUCCAGUAUUUUUCUCCCCUGCCAAACCUCGCCCCAGCCAGACUCAGAGUUUGCGCUGCUCCCCACCCCAGGUCAUUCAACCGAGGCAUUACUCCCAGACCCAGAGCCUCAGGCUGUCACCACCCCACGAGCUCCGAAGAUCCCCUUACCGAGCCCCACUGGUCCAACUGUCAGCCCAUGACCUGGAGCAGGACCUGAGGGAGCGGGGAGGAGGAUGGGGGCGAGCGAUGAGUGAGCGGGAGAGAGAGUGGGAGAGGGAGAGAGAGAGGGAGAUGGAGCGAGGGUGGGCUCAGCGAGAAUGGGAAAGAGAGAGGGAGAGGGGGAGGCUGGAGAGAGAGAGGGCAAGAGAGAGGGAGAGGAGAGAAACGUCGACUUUUGGGACGUUUGGAUACGGUCGACAGGUUCCUCUCCGCUCAGACAGAGAUUCUGUGUUUUUAGAGCCUGAUCAGGCCUUAGACACCACACCCCUUUUGCUCCCCACACCAUCACCUUCACCAUCCCCAAAUGCUGCCCCACGAAUGGGCACUGGGGCUGUGGGUAGGAACCGGGCCGGGUCAAAGGUCGGGCAUGACAGCAUUAGUGGGGGUAUGGUUCCUAAGUAUGACAACGGGGGUGUGGGUUUGGUUCUAGUGGACAGCAAAUCUGGACCCAGGUUAGUGAGUGAAGUUGGACCUGGAAAUAUGUCCGAGGUCGACAUGAGGGCUGGGGUACAAGACCACCACAGAGCUGAAAGCUGGGGCAAAUAUGACAACGGAUCUAGGGCUAACAAUAAACAUGGUUCUGAAACCAGAAUGGGCUCCCAGGUAAAAACCAGACCAGGGGGGCGUGAGCUAGAAGGAAAGGUGCAGUCUGGGAUGGAGAUAGAAAAGAUGGCACCAGCUGUGCACAAGGAGUCUCAAAGUGGAGGGACGAGGAAUGGAGAGAGAAAUGGAAGAAUUGUGUCUAAACCAGAACCUACCGCUGAUCUCACAACUCCAACUGUGAAAGACACCGAGAGCAAUACUGUGCCAGGAGAUAGAGCUGACGUAGGAGCUGGACCUGGUCCAGCGAUGAAGCCCAUAGUCGAGGAAAAGGUUAGUCCACAGCAAGUUGAGAACAGGACUGCAGGUGAACCUGGAGGAGUAGCUUAUAGAGUAAAUCAUGAAAUUGUUGCUGCACCAGAGCCCAAAGUUGAAGCAAAAGUUGAGACAGAAAGUAAGAAUGUUCCUCAAUCUAAGCCUGAGGCACUAAAAGAUAUUAGUGUCAGUGCUGAGACAGGGACUAAGGGUACAGCUGAGGUCGGGGUUCUCAGUGAAAGCCAGAGCAGCAUCCACAAAAUAGAUAAAGCACAGAUAAGAGAUGUAGGCGGGGAUAAAACUGAAGUUGCCCCUGCUGGUCAGACUGAGAACAAGCCUUUGGAGCUUGAUAGUACUGAUUCCAGCCACACAGAGAAAAUUUCGAGAUCCCAGAAGUCCAAAUCAUCCAAGUCCAGCUCCAGGACUCGACCAGGUACAGCCACAGGGCUUCGACCAGGUGUCGUCAGCCCUCGACUGAGCAGAGGGCUUGGAGACCUUGAGUCAACAGGCCCCCCUGAGGGCAUUGAAUCCACCUGGCCAAGGCGCAUCAUGGUUAGGAAGAGGACUGUCCGGCAAGGUGGGGCUCUUCACAACCUUCCUAUCCUGCCCCCUCUACCCUCUGUCCUCUCGGCUUUAGAGAAGAGGCGCCCACAUGGCCACCUUCACCGUGUAGGCCAUUACUCAGAAAACCCACUCACAAGUUUGAUCAAUUCAACAAGCAUGGUGGGAAGGUGCUCACUGAAAGAGCCUUCUCAUCCAGAUCUGGGACUUGGGGCUGGAUUAGUGGGCAGGGCGUCUCUGAAAGAGCAGAAUUUGGAGCACUGGCGAGUCUGCAGAGAGCUGGAUGAACCAAAGAGAUCCAGGAGCAAGGAGAAACAAGGACAGAGUCAGGAGAAACUAGAGAGGGAGGAGAAGAAGAGUAAGGAGGAGUUAAGAGAAAGAGAAAGGAAGGAAGAAAGGGACAAAAAGGAGGAGAAAGUAGGAAGGGAGAAGGAAAAAGUUCCUGUGAGUGAGGGGAUGGGGAAGGAAAUCAAACAACCAAAGUUGGAAAGAAGGGUUGAAGGAAAAGAAAAAAGGGAAGGUAUCAAAAAAGAAAUAAUAGUAGAAGUAACGUGUGAAAAGAUAGAGGACACAGGAAUAAAGAUAAGGGGCGGGAUACCAGACCAGCAUGGACAAGAGCUGGAGGAGGUGGUGGCCAAAAUUAAAAAAGACGAUGGUGAGCUGGAGGGAGGAGAAGGAGAGGAAGGAGGCAUGGAGAGUUGGGAUGCUGUCCUUGAGAUGGUCACCACAUUGUGGGAUGAUGGCUGGGAUAAUAAAGGAGCAGGAGAGGGAGAGGGGGACACAGACUCUAUCUCAGGGUCCCUGCAGCGUUGGCCUCUUCUCCGGCCUCCGGUCGGCUUUGGGGGCUCCCACCCCCCCUCCUCUGCUGCCUCAGAGCUCAGCCUGACAGAGAUAGAGAGGAGAGCCAGGGAAUUGGACUCUGACCUCGAGCACCUGGACCUGUCUCAGCCCCAGAGAGACACCCAGGAUGCUUACCAAAGUCUUCUAGAGCCACAGAGGGAUCGAGGUGACAUGUACCAAACACACCCUGGACCACAGAGGGAGAAGGCUACAGUCUAUACAGGUAGAUACAAGAAAGUUUUAUGUUUUUGUGACUUCCUGUUCCCAAUUUCCCAUUUACAUUCAAUGCAAUAAUGUAGAUUGCAUCUUGUUUAUGUUUAGCAAGGAACUGCAGCUCACUUUAUGAUAGCAGUUUCACAAGUAUAACACCAUCUCAAUGAAAGACAAGUGAGCUGUCAUAUCUCCAUGAGAGGGGGACUUGAGAGCUCCAUGAGAGCUGCAAGACACUCUCACUAAAUCAAAUAAAAAUCCAUCUGCACAAAUAUUGGAAUAAAGGUAUCUUCUCUGGGCUAUUUGAGGGCAGUGAACAGGUCAAACUGCUCUGGACUUUUACCUCAGAAGUUGGUUUUACCCGGGACAGGAAAGUCUGCUUUAUUCUUUCUCACCACAAAAUGAAAAGUGUCCACAACUCACCUUGGUAUUUUUCAUCCAAAUCUAAUCAAGCAAAAGUGUUUGACAUGAAGUCUUGGAAAGAAAGGGGAAAAAACCUCUUUGAGAUGCACCUUCAGACUGAAGUAAACAUGAUUUAGGAGGAGAGAAACAACUUUAAACAGAUGCUGAAGUAUCCCCUUGAGCUUCUGAGGGGCUUCCUGUGCUUGCUAUGGCCUAAAUUGCCUCACUGCAUGGCAGCUUUUUGAAGAAGUUGCAAUGCAAGUUGCAGAGUUUUGGGGGGCAUUUUCAUUACAUUUAUGCUGUCAGUAAUUAUUUUGUGUGCUAGCUUCUUUUAUAAACAACAGUAAGGGCCAGUAUAAUUACUAUCUGACUGUUGGAACAGUCAUAUUUGUGAUGGAGCCUCUGGUUGGUGGAAAGUUUUGAAAAAAAGCGAUAAAUGGUCAAUACACUUAACACCAGGCUUCAGAAGUGGUUAUGUAGUUGACCGACAAUUUUCGAUAUGGAACAUGGAUCGAUUAUCCAAACCAUAGAAUGUAUAUGGAAUGGACGCCAUUUGCCUCCUUGCUGGGUGAAGCCUCUGCGAGAACAACACCCUCUGGUGAUGGGCUGCAGUAUAGGUCAUAAAUUCCACCUCCUUCAGCAAUCCCUAUGGAGCUGUGGACAAACUUUAGAAAUUAAUUACACACAAUAUACAUUUUUCUCCCCCCUGGUUGUGAUGUUGACAUGUAGUUAUUGUAAGACUGGUUUGUGCUCAAGUCCUCUUUUUUCUGUUGAGCUCCAUUUUUAAAAGUUAUUUGGGGGUUCAUGUUCUCUAUAAUUGACACCUGAUACAGCCUAUGGGCAUACGAAGAUUGUGUAGCUCACCCGGGGGAUACGCUGUUUGAGCAGAGCGUCAUCACAAUGACUCUCUCAUCGAAUGCAUACAAUACUACUGUGCAAGUGGUGAAAUGCGUACAAUGCUGCUGCACCAGUGGUGGUUCCUGGAUAUACCAAGAGAGCAAUUUGGCUUCAAAUUUGUAAAAUUACUUAAGACAGAGCCAAGUUGUCCAUAGUAUUAACAGUCCAUGAUCAGAAUAGCUGCUGCAGUUAAAGGCUACAUAAGAAAGCUCAUCAGUGAAAAAUUCUCGAAAUUUACAAUGAGGUACACACAUAUUGCAUAGUUACUUAAAAAAAUGUGUAACUGACUUAUCAAGGUUUUAUGAAUGAGUAACUUAAAUAAGGUAAUAACUAAUUCAUGAUUCAGCAUUUAGUAACAACCAAUUCUGAUAUCACUUCAUGCACUUUUAAGUAUUUAUUAGCUGCUCUAAAGAAUCUGAUUAGGAUUUACCACCUGGCCAUUAAUUGAUGGUUAAUGGUGGUAACUUUUUUUAACAUCUUACCAAUGAUUUAGUACUAGUUAGUAACUUAUUCAUCACCCAGUAACUAUGCAAAUUUUUUGUAUCAUAUCAACCUAUUAUCGUCUGGUUUACUGAUGGGAGCCAGUACCUACAAAAAAUGUUGUUUUUUUUUUUGGUUUUUUUUUUUGCUUAAAUUAGUUAACUUAUAAUUAACUUUUAGUUAUAUCUACAUCUGUCACCUAGUAAUUAUGCAAAAGUUACACACCUUAAUUACCUGUUAACUGAUGGUAAAAAAAAAAAAAAGGUUAUUGAGUUAGUGGCUCAUUCAUUAUCUUAUUAUUAUUAUUAUUAUUAUUAUUAUUAUCUUAUUUUGUUUAAAAAAAAAAAAAGAACUUAACUAGCAGUAAAUUUGAACAAUCCAAAAUCUACUAUUCCACCUGAGAACUCACAGUUAACUAGUUGAUAACGAGUGGUUAGUUUCACAUCAGUUACCUAGCAAACAUGCAAAAUGAACAUACCUCAUUCUUAUAACCUUAUGGUUAUCUCUUGUCUGUUAAUGAACAGAAUAAAGCAUGAAAUGCUCAUAAAAGGUACAGAGGCUGAGAAAAUGACAGCCAUGAUAUGAUUCAUAUAUCUGGUCCUGAAAAAGAUACUUUAACUUUCAAGAGAUCACAUCUUCUGUAUUUUAAGCUGCCUGUAUGACAGUUAAGCUGACGGAUACAUUUAGGUCAGUACAGAAGGGACCAGGGAAAGAAGUGACAUUAACCUUCACAGGGCCUCGAGGUGAUGUAGAAAAACCUAAGAUGCUUUAUUAACAGUAACAGGAGCGCCAGAAUAACUACUUCACUAAGCUAGUGUGUGGACCUGAAGCCAAGUUUAGAUCCAGGCUUGGACAGGAAGGUUCUCGCAGGUGCAAUGGUUGGCGCCUCUCUUACAUCUACUGAAUGAAUGAUCCCACAUAUUAAUCCUAUGGCAAAGCAAGACCGGGUGGUGGUUUUUGUAUUGAUGACAUCUGCAUUUCUUCUAACAAUGAGUAAUAUUUGGUCUCCUGUCCAGGAAUGGGAAGCAGAUCGCAGGUCACUCUGGAGCUAAACCCUAUGGCCUUGCUAGCUACAGACACAGACAGACAUCCUGCUGAUUGGCAGGGCAAGUCUGCUGGGACCGCAACCGUUGUGACAUGGUAAAUUUGAUUCUGGAGUGCUGUAAACUCAAUGUUAAAAUGUGUCUUCAUCUGCAUGCAUCUUGACCCCCAAUCAGCGUUCAGCAACCCCCCCCCAGUGGGUCCCAACCCCACAUUAGUAACUACUGUGAUCAAGCAGUAACCUCCAGUCUAAGAAAUGAAGUCAAGAAACUGCAGUUCCUCAAAUGUCCACUUGAGGCCAUCUGUAGAAGCACCAUAACCACACAGACCACAUACACACUAAACCAAAAAAGGAGGUUUAAGUUGGGUCAAAGUUAGCAAUAUGGUGACCGGCAGACUUCAGAGAUCUGCUAGAUAAACAGUUGGGUGAGGCUAUGUCCAUUUAUUUCACAAUCAAUAGAUAUAAUAUAGUAUACAGUAUGCAAGGGUACAAUAUGAUACAAUGAGACAUGAUUGAAAAAUGAUAUCAAGUCAUACAAUAAGAUAAAGAUGACAACGCAAAUUGACACGAUAUGAUGCAACAUUAUAUGAAAUGACACAAGACUAAAUGAUUUCAACUAAUACGAAAUUGCAUAUCACAGCAAGUUAUAAUCUAACAUUACAUAGGAUUGGAUAGUAUACAACACAGUAAGAUAUGAAAUGAUGAUACAAUGACAGAAUAAAGUGUAAUCCUGCAUGGUACAAUCACACUUGUGGAGACUUGAAUUAAUAUAUGGUAGUGCUGAUACAAUCAGAUAUGACAGGUCAACUUCAUUAAUAGUGAAAUACAGUAUGUCUUGCCUACUAUACUGUCUUCUUUUUGUGUAAUUGAGUUCAUAGCUUUAAGAUUUGCUGUUGGAAGAGUUCAUGUAUUAAACAUGAAUCCUGGAGCUGUUAUUCCUAUAUAUUUUUUAAAAUGUCAUAGCUAAUACAAACAAAAUGUACUUAAUUAAUUCUUAAAUGGUUUUUAUUGCUUAUUAUCUCAAAAGGAAAACCUUCAAAGUAUCUCACAGUGAGGUUUUGGCACAACAGUUAUUCCACUUCCUUUUUGACCAUCCUCUCUUUCUUUCUAGCGCCACUAAAGAGGACAGCUCUCCAGACUCCAACUUGACGCUGGAGUCCGACUCAAGUGGCAUCUUCAUGUCUUUAUCCAAUCAAAGCCAGGAGGAGGGUGGCUCUGACAGUGACCAACCAAUCAGUGGCUCUGACUUAGGCAGCAGCAACACAUCACUGGAAAAAGAUGGUGAUGAUGGAGGGCCCAAGGAGUGGGGGAGGGAGGAGAGUUCAGAGCUACAGUGGUGUUACCCAUCACUCCUCAAUACCUCCAUGCAGGAAGAUACGGACAUACAAGACGAUACUGAAAGAGAGGAACCAAGGCGUGAAAAGAUGGAGGAAGGAGGAGAGAAAAGCAAAGAAGAGAGUGGAAGAAGAGUUGGUAAGAUUGCCACUGUUUCAAUCAUUAGGGCCCCACUCAACCAUGCACACAGUGAGGUCUCCACAAAUUUCAGUGCCCCCCAAAGUGAGGAAGUCCCAUCCAGAAAAAAAGUAACCCUUAUAAGAGGUGACACCCCUCUCCCUCUGUCUCCCUCAAAACAACAAAUUAAACACUUGCUAGAUCCUAAUCAGAAGGCCAUCAGAAGCUCAGGACUGGACUGUGGUGACAUAGAUCCUUUUGUCCAAUCGGACAGCUUUGUUUACCUUGCUGUGACUGCGAGACCUGGUGAAGCCACCAAAGUGACAGAAGUUCCCACCCAUGUAACACAACAAGACAAUGUACAGCAACAUUCAGAUAGCAUGAAAACCAAUUUGAACCAGUCAAAUACAGAAGGGGAUGCCAAGCCUACUCACCUUACCCCACAAAAACCAGAGGAAGGAGAUUUUUUGUGCACUGACAGCUUUGUCUACCUUGCUGCUCCAGCAUGCCUCCUACUGGGUCCUGCAGGAAGCACACAGUACAGCGGCAGGUAUGUCCCUUUUUGUUUGUUUAUUGUGGCUUUGGUGCAUUUUAUUGUUUGUCAGUUUGGGGUCAGAAAAUGAUUUUAAAAAAGCAUUUGGCAACAAUUCUGUUCAAUGAAUCAUCAAUCCAUCAAUCCUGCUCCAAUUAUCUCAGCCAGAUCAUACCAUCAAAGUACGACCGAAGUAAAAAUGAAUGUGUUCAUUGAACGCGCUCAUAUUUUCAUGAGCAGUGAACUUCACGCUCACUUUAUAUUUCAUGUAGUUCACUCUGUGGGCAGUGAACUGGGUGACAGGAGGUGCCGAGAGAUGCCGAGCACUGUGUUUUACGGCAGCAGAAGUCAGUUCUAUGGCAAUUCCAUGCAGUUUGGUUAAUACUGCUGACACUUGGGUUAGCAUUAGCGGCAGCAGUGCAUGUAAUACUGGUGGUGGCAAAACACUGGUUUUUUAACUAAAUAUCUGUCUGUGGUGCUCUUAUAGCACGCAGUGAUUUAUUUAUUUUGGGAACUGGCGUGAGGGAUAGGGAUUAAAGCAUAGGUGGCGCUAGAGAAAAAGAGAACUUCCAGCCAAAAAAACUAAUGUUUUUGGAUCGUGAACUAAGUUAAAUUAAAAAAAAAUGAACCAUGAACAUGAACUAGUUCAUUUUAAUUGGUGUGAACUUAACUUUGAGCUAGCGCAUUUUUUUGUGUGAGCUGGCACAACACUGCUCACCAUGACUUUGACAUCUCAAGGAGAUGGCUGCUGUGAUCAUAUCAUCUAAUGGGGUACCCCAUGCAACACACUGACCAUGCAGCAGUUUGCUACAACCAUCCGCACAGGUCAUUAGAUUCAAAUAAUGUCAACUGGCUGGUAAAUUGGAUUACUCCAUCAGCCUAGUCUUUCUCUCUAGUUGAACAGUACAGUGAAGAGUAAGAUCAGAGUUACAGCUGAUGCAAUUCAGCUGGGGCCUGGGUGUGUAGGAUGCUAACUCCCACCUGAAGAAGGCUUAACAAGGAGGGUGCAUGGAAAGCAAAUGGCCAACAUUCACAGCCCUCAUUGUGGAGGCUGAUCGGUGCUGUGGCCUGUUGAUGGAUAAGGCAGGCUGCUGAUGCGGCAUAUAGGUUUGAGGGUGUAAGAGGACAGGGGGUGUGAGAGGCUUUUGGGAAACAUAGGGACCCCCAGUUAGAACAAGCCUUAGUUCUAGCUGUUUUUUGGGAAGGGGAGUGCUGUUGGACGUUUUCUGAGGAAAAAUCAGGCAUUCAUUUGAUCUGAAUGCCUGAUUGACCACAACUGUUAGGGAAUUUCUGGUAGAUCCCAUAACACACCAGGGCUUGAAUUUUAUCUCCAGAGAAAGCUUUGAGACAUGAUUAGGCCAACAGAUACUUGGCCACCAUGACUUAGGCUACAAUACCAGGCAGUACACUCAUGCGGGCCCCAAAGGAGUACCCACAUGGGCUUUGCCAAUUGCAACCCAAGUUUUAAGAGACGUCUGAUUUGGGUCAACUUUGGGGCUGAUGAUGUCAUAUUUGUGUGCUAAAUUAGGUUACUGUAAAGAGAGUUAGUGUCAGCAGCCUUUGGUCCUCUUGUUACCCAUACUUUUUUAGAUCAAAAUACUGCCCAACUGCUCCAAGCUACAAGAUGACAUCUGUCAUCUGUGCUUGUUUAUAUCCUGGUAGUAGAGCAAUGAAGCAUUAUGAUAUUUGACAUAAAAGACACAAAAUAGGACCAGCAUUUCAGGCCAAUGAGAAUCAAAAUUAUUAACGAAUAGUUGAACUGUCUUGUAAUUCUGGUGCCAACUAGCAGUGGUGACAACAUUUAUUUGUGAUGUCAGCUUAAUGCCAGCGAACCUUAAUGAAUCCACACGAGACCAGGCCUUAAGACAUCUGACUACAGUGACUCAGUGAGUGGGGAUCACGGCCAAGAGGCAUUUUGUCACUGUUACACUCACCAGGUUUCAAGUCAGUACACUCAUGUGGGACCCAAAGUAGUUUGCAACUUGGACUCAGCCAAUUUCACCCAUGAUUCCCUCACAGGUCUCAUACCGGGUACCCAAAUGGGUAUAUGAAGGGCCAUAAAGGGAUUCCAUUAUGGGUCAGUAUUGACAGUGUAAAAACCACUCAGAGUCAGGACCUUGCUGAAAGUCAUCUGGCUACUGUGUCUAUGACCAGGAUUUCAGCCAGUAUGGUUGCGUAAGGCCAAAAAAUGGUACCCAGUAGUAUCCAGCAAUACACUGUCUAGAAUGAGACACUACCCCCAAAGCAAGAAAGGGAAAAAGUAGUUGACAAUGGCAAAGGUCUUUGAAGUCCUCAACUUACCAGAAGAGAACUUAGUUUUCUGAACUAUUAGCUUCACUGAUCAACACUUGCUUCAUUGAUUUCUGGUGGUACUGCAACAUUUGGUCCAUUUCUGAAAGCUAGCAUAACACAGCAGAAUACAGACAAAAUAGGCGCAGAGUAGGAACAGGAGACUUCUUCUGUGUUCAUAUGCAUGUCUAAUGUUGAGUAAAAAUAAAACUGCUAGAGCUCAAACCAAGUCCCCAGUCAUAGCACAAGAGAAGCCUAUUAAGGCCUCUCUUGAUGGACUGGCCAAGUGUAGCAGAUUGAGGGAUAGCUGAGUGGUUCCUCUCUUUUUCAGUGCUGAUCCCAAAGGACAAAAACUCCAGUUCUGAGACUUUCUGUUCAUCCCCAUCAUCAUAAAUAUUUAUGUCCUAAUGUAUUGUCAUCCUUUGAAUGACUGUCCAUGUGUUGUUUCCUCUUGCUUGAGUCAUAAUUGAGACAUCUGUGUCAUAACUAAGGCAGUGUAAAUGGCUGUAGAUGUCAGGUUGACUUCAGUUAUGGUUUAUUAUUUAACUCAGGCUCUGUAUGUUGUGUUUUUUCCAGAGAAUCAGACUCAGAAAGUUCAGGAUCUGGCGCUGCUGAUGUGUCAGUACUUGGUUGUGGCUCAGUGGCAGGGGACAGCGACUGGGACUCAGACUUGUCCGACUCUGAUCCAAGUCGCUCCUCAAGAUUUUCUGCUGCCGCUAACAAAUCUGCUGGUGUAGCUCGACCGAAGCGGCUGCCGACUGAACCAGACUGGGACAUGGUUGGAGACCCCCCAGAACCUGAUGUGCUGAAUGAGCCUUUCACAGAGGAGGACAGAAACAACAAUGGCGAAGCGAAGAUGGUUACCACCAGCAUAGCGGGGGCUCAGGCCAUGCCCAGGCCAACUCACGCUGUCACCACGCAAAUGAGGCAAUCGACAAUGGAGCAGUCGUCAACGAAGAAGGUGACAUGGCAGUUCAAACCGGCCCAGAGGUCAGUCUGCACCGGGAGCAGAAAGGAGAAAGACAAGGAAAUGACAUCUUCAAGGUUCACAGAGUAUGGAGGCGAUUCUUAUGGACCCUCCCCUUCAUCGUCAUCUUCUUCAUCCUCGUCACCGUCCUCAUCUUCUUCUGGUUGA